GCAUGAAGCUAACAGCAAACUGUCUCCGCCGCCUCAGGCUCUGACGUCACACAGGGAGCAGCCGGCUCCAGCCGCCUCAAUAUUAAAUCAUAUGAUAGAAUAAUAAUAAUUAAUGAUAAUUAAUGAAGAACAAACUGUAGUUCAGCAGCUGUGUGUCCGUUAAACAGACAGUAACAGAGUCAGUCUGUGUGUUUAAGCUGCAGUCUGGAGUUCUGGGAACAUUAGAAUGAAACAGCUCCCAGGUCAGUUAUUCUAAGCCCCUCCCACAGAGGAGGAGCCUGGAGGAGCGAGCAGGCUUGUAACCACGGCAACAGUAACCAAGAUGGCGCAUUCAAAAUAACAACAACAACUUAAACUCUGAUUGUUCUAUUUCUGAUCAAUACAACUAAAUCACAGUGAGAGCGCCUCAUGCAGAUCACUGUAGAUAUCCAGAGUGAUAAUCAAUAUUCCUCACAUCGCUGUAGACGAGCUACCAGGUGAUCGUUCAGGCUUCUUAUUUCCUCUCUUUGACGUGGACAAUGGUGGGGCAUGUUUCUGCUCUGUUGUUGCUGUACAGUUUGAGUUUGAACGUAUCUGACCAGCUAAUACUGCUAGCAUUAAUGUUAGCGACACAGCUGAGCCAGCACACCAGGGAGAAAGACAGGACAGUGAGGAACAUGAGCAAGAGCAGGAUGAAGAGGGAGACGUGCAUAGCGAGUAACUUUGCGCGGAAGCAGCGUCAGAUAUCCUUACAGACAGAUCUCUGACGAACCGAGGCCUUCGACUGAUCGUCUCCUACGCAGCUGGUCUCUGCUCAGCUCAGCUAUGAACCACUUCAUCGUCAGCCAUCAGUGUCUCCUGAGUCUCUCCAUCUCACCUGAGUGGUUUCCACAAUAAUACCUGCGCUCAGUGAAAAGGACUUCUCUCUGCAGCAUGGAGACAGCAGCAGGCCGAGGGGACUGGAGUUUCAGUCAGCAGUGCAGCAGCUGUGACGCCUCCACGGCCAGAUGUUGGUGCGUGGACUGUAAUGAAGCUCUGUGUGACACAUGUGUGUCGGCUCAUCGCAGAGUGAGCGUCACCAGAUCACACAAGAUCCUCAACCAGCCGGCAGCCGGAAGUGUCUCGACUCCACCCAUCAAGUUCUGCAGACUCCACCCAGCUGAGCCGCUCAAACUCUUCUGCUUCACCUGUAACCAGCUCACCUGUAGGGACUGUCAGCUCAUGGGUCACAUGAACCACAGGUAUCAGUUUGUUAAAGAAGCGUUGGACAGCCUGAAGAAGGAGCUGGAGGUCUUGGUUCAGCCAAUCAGAGCGAAGAGAGACACAGCGAGGCAGAGUGUGCAGGACAUGGAGACCAGGCUGCAGGACAUCGCAGGUGUCGAGUCCAAUCUGAAGACAGACCUGCAGAACUCUUACAACAUCAUCUGUGAACAGCUGAAGAGGAGGAUGCAUGUCCUGAUGAACAUGGCCAAGACGGUGUGCACGAAGGAGGCUGAGGACAUUCAGAGGAAGAUCCAGGCGCUGAAGCAGCUGCAGCAGAAUCAAGAGUAUUUGACUGAAACGUCAGAAAAAGCCCAAAACACCAACGACCUGGUGGCUCUGCUCAGAUACAAGGCUCAGGUCGAGUCUGCGCUGAAGAAACUGGACGAUCAGAACUUGUCUCCUCCUUCAGUGAUGCCUCAGCUGAUCAUCGUCACCAACAAGAGUUUCCUGCAGAUCAUUCUGAACUUUGGUGAACUCGAUGUGUCUUGGAUCCCCUUCUCUGUUGACAGAAACACCACCUCUGCCGCCACUGCCUCCUGUGGACUCCAGCCCCAAACCAGCUCUACUGUUAACAGCAUCUCACCUGGUCCUCCUGGUCCACCUGGUCCACCUGGUCCACCUGGUCCACUGAACUCUUCUUCAUCCAGUCCACUGUGUCUUCCUCCCUCCAUCUCAAGCCUCAACUUAUCCAGCGCUCCCCUGACUAUGCCCACCACAGUCACCUGCACUCCAGCUGUCAAACACCUGUCCUCCUCACCUGUGCUGACGGCUUCUCUCCCUGGAUCCAACCAGACACAGGUGCAGCCAAAGAACCCUGUUCAGUCUGUCUGUACGUCUGUGAACCUGCAGCCAGUCACCUUCUGUUUACCUCCUCAACCUCCCAACAUCACGCUGGUCCUGAACCAACCUGCUGCCCCCCAGCAGACACAACCCCCGGUCCUGCUCACCAACAGUCAGCAGGUGUUCCAGGUGUUACCUGUGAUGCUCAGUAAGGCUCCAUCCUACACCAUUGGGCAGAAAAGAAAUGGCAGUGGUAAGGUACUUUCUGUAGCGGCCGCCGCCUCCAGCAUCACUCAUCCCACCUCCACAUGCUCUGCGUCCUCCUGUAAGUCCCUCCCACAAAAAAGGACCACCAAUGACUUAUCCUCACCCAGUCAGUUGUGUCUUCCUCCGUCUUGUUCCUCAACUGUCACUCUGCACACCUCCACCUACUGGCCCCUCCCCCACCCUGACAUCCCCUCACCUGUUCCAGAGAACCAUCUCACUACAUCACAGACCACCUCUGAUCCCACGCCGCCUCAUCAGACUGUGACCAACGGCGACCUCCAGCCUCUGAAGGAUCAGAUUGUGACCCCCAGCGGCCCUCUGUCCCUCCUGCAGGGUCUCACCUCUGUCUCCCCUGGCUCCUCCUCUCAGAGUCCGGUGGUGAGGGCAGUGGCGGACUCUGCCUGCGAUCUCAGCGUUCAGCAGGUGACAGCGCGGCAGCCAGUGGAGAACGAGCCGACGUCCACGAUGUAUGAAGAGACCGAACCUGCAGCCAAACCAGCUGAACUAUCAGACGGAGAAGAAGACACACAGGGCAGUCUGAGCCAAUCACAGCCGCCUCUGGUCAGUGUACCUGAGUCUCCGCCCCACCCCGGACACCUUGGUGAGGAAGAGGAGCUCCACCUGAAGAUGAGAGAGGACAGUCAGUCCCAUGUUGAUGACGUCACAGAUGAUGUCAUCGAGCCGCAGUCAUCCCCAGAGUCUCCUGUGACUCUGCAGAUAGUCAGCUGCUCCACCUGUGGGUAUUCGCACGGAUCAAUAAUCUGUUCAGCCUGCGGUCGAGGAUACCACCGAGACUGCCACGUUCCUCCCGUUGGACCUGAUAUCCGGUCAGCGUGGCUCUGCUCCCUGUGUCAGGACCUGUCGGACCCCUCAGACCCCUACAGCUCUGACAGACCACAAAGACCUCCGAGUCCCGGUCUCAGCCUGCUGGACCAGAGGAAGUGUGAGAGUCUGCUGCUGCAUGUGAAGGUCGAAGGCUGCGGCCGACUGUCUGAGUGUGGUUCUGUUCAGUCCAGCCUGGAGUUGAUCUCGAAGCGCCUGACUCUUCAUCCUUUGUAUCAGACGGCUGCAGAGUUCCUGUCUGACGUCUGGAGGCUCUUUGAAGACAUGAAGGAUGACGAAGGUUCAAAGAAGCUGCGAGAGAGUUUUCAGAGCCAGCUGAAGCAAACUUUGAGUCCAGAGCUUCAUCUUCCGGUCCUGACGCCAGCGAGCAGCGGAAACAAUGACAGAGUUGACGGAUGGGGGUCAAAGGUCAAGUCACAGGAACAGGACGUGAUGACCCGUGAGUCCAAACUGACAGAGAUCAAGAACCGGCUGAGAGAGCUUCUGCCUCUCCGGCAUCCGGACCGAAGAGGACAGAAACGGAGGACAGACCUCGUCCUCCCCCAGGAUCACAUGUCCAAACAGCUCAGAGUGAAUGCACCUGUGACCUCCCAGCAGCCAAUCACAAGCCUCCAUGGCCUCCCACCUGUGGAUGAUGAAACAUGUGACUGAGCUGAGCUCCUCUGAUGGGGCGCCACAGAUUAUUGGCUCUGAUUUGUUUCUGUGUCAGACUUUUAGCUCCCUGCCUCUCUGUCUCUUUACACCUGUGUGUCCCACCCACAACACACCUGAUUAGUUACAUGUCACGUGAGUAACAGCCAAUCAGCACUGAAGGCUUGCUGUCUCUGACAGGUGCAGCACGAGGAGGGCGAAGCAGCAGAAGGGCUUCACAUACACUGAUGUCGAGCUAACUCGACACACACUCAUUAACUGGUCCAUUAAUGAGCCUGCUGACGGAGCGCUGAAGCCCCGCCCCUUCCGGUUCCCCUCAUGGACCUCACUGAUCAAACGGUUGUCAGUAGUGAUGAAGAGAGAUGAUAAAGUUCUGAUCCGGUCUGAACUGUGUCAUCAGUCACACAUGAUGUUUGUCAGUUUGUCAUCAGACUGAAAAUCCUGUUUCAGUGAGCAGCUCCUGGAUAUCAGCAGCUCACAGAACUGAACCAGAACCAGAACUGCAGUAGUCAAUGUGAGCAGACAUUCUGUGAUGUUCAUCUUGUUCAGAACCUUUUCUGACCCAAUUGGCUCCAAGUUGGUUCUGGUGCCGUGUUGAUGAGACGAUGUAGUUCACUGAGCUUUAACACAAAACUGCAACAAACCGACAAACAUCAUGUGAGAGAUUCUGACCCAGUUCAACAGGAUUGAUACUUUAUCUAUCUCUUCAUUGGUUACUGUACCUGAGGAGGCGGGGCCUCGGCUCUGUGAUGUCACUGUGUCUCUUGUAGAGCUGCGGGAUCUUAUUUUUAGUCACUUUUGACAGUACGAGUGCAGUUCUGAGUUACUUUGAGUUUUAUACUAUAUACUUCGCUCACUUCAGGAUUGAGUUAAUAUAUUUUUACUCCACUACAUUUAUCUGUUUAGUUACUACACAGAUUAUUCAUGUAAAAUAAAUGUCAUCAGGUAUAUUUUGUGCUUUUAGAUUAAACUGUCAGCAACACAUGAAGUAGUUUAUUACAUCCAGUAGUUUAUUACAUCAGUAGUUUAUUACAUCCAGUAGUUUAUUACAUCCAGUAGUUUAUUACAUCAGUAGUUUAUUACAUCCAGUAGUUUAUUACAUCCAGUAGUUUAUUACAUCAGUAGUUUAUUACAUCAGUAGUUUAUUACAUCCAGUAGUUUAUUACAUCCAGUAGUUUAUUACAUCCAGUAGUUUAUUACAUCAGUAGUUUAUUACAUCCAGUAGUUUAGCCCGGGAACACGUUGGGAAUGUCAGAGGACGUCGAGCUGUCUCGUGCUUCAUUUUGUAAACUAACCUGAUCUGGACACACUGGACAUCACUGUGGAGUGAUGCAUUGUGGGACAGCAGGACCUCAAACUCCACCCUGUUGGAGCUGCUUCAAAGACAAACCCAGUGGAGUCGAUGUGAUCAGGAUCACAGAAGACCUUCAUAUCUCAGUGAUCCGUGCCAACAUGGCCGCCCUGCUCUGUCUGAUCAUUUCUGUCUUUCAUGAAUUAAAUGUUAUGAUUUUUUGAAGCCAAAGAGAUUUUGAUACGUUUAUAUGAAGAUGAAAUAAAGAAAAGUGGUGUGAAGUUC